AUGUCCGGUAGAGGAAUAAUCAUUCAGCUCUCAAAAAACAAAAGGUCACCUAAUGAUGAAUAUUCUUCCGGGGGUAAGACUAUUAAAGUCACAGGAUCUGAAUUUUACUCUGACUUCCUCAAGUUCACUCAUCAGGAUAAGGAAUCUGGAGGACAGGAACCAUUCAACCUUGAGAAAAUACAGGAUGUUACUGGAAGGAUAGGUAUACCUCAUGAUAACGGUAAAGAGGUAACAUCAGUUUCCGCUUAUUACUGGAGGCAUGAUCAGAGUGGUUAUACUUAUACUGCUUCUGGUAAGGUUAUCUUGAUAGGAGUUGUCACCACUAGGGGUGGAAAGAAUGAAACCACCUAUUAUGUCAGAAGUACUGGUAAUAAUAACUGGAUUAAACUUAGUGGUACCUCCACACCUAAUCAACUCACUGGUGAGGAACUCGAGCAGAAACUAGAUGACCUAGUUUGUCAAUACCAUAAUGGAGUAACCAUUAACCUUACUAAAACUCAUUCUGAGACUAUUUCCCAGAAUAGUGUCAGUGGUGGUAAGAAUAAGUACUGUUGCUAUUACCACGAAAAUCUUAAUGGUGGUGAAGGAAAGGUCACUGUUUAUAAACAGGAAGUUCGUUGUACACAACAUUCUGGCAAAAGUCAAAUUACAUUCUAUAAGCACUAUAUAGCAGGUCCUUAUUUGAAACUUGCCGGUAUUGAGUACAAUCAAGAUGGUAGACGUGGUAAAGUGAAAAUGAUAACUUUAGAUGGACAAACAUUUCCCUUUUCCGACGUAACCGCUGUUUAUGCCUUCUACUGUACAGGUGAAGCUCCAGUGCUGAUCUAUCUGGACUCUAAUACUGGAACACAUUCAGCCAAGGGUUGGUACCAAAGGUCUACUGGUAGUACUCGUGACAAUACAGAUGAACAAUGGACAAAAGUUACUGACCUCAAAGGCAUAACACCUGACAAUUUCAGUAAACUUGAAUGUGACAAAUAUAACAAACUUGUAACAACACUAAGAGAACUUAAAUGUGACUGCUUGAAAGAAUGUGAAGAACAUCUUAUUCCUACUCCUUCUACUUCUACUCCUGCUGAACCUCCUCAACCUUCUGCUAUGAUUGGUGGUGAAACUGUUGCUACUGGUUCUGUACUAUGGACAGCGUUUGGAUCUACCUCUGGUACCCUGGCUGGAAGUGCUGCAACAUUUUUUGGAGGAUGGAAACUCUAUAAUCGCUAUAAAGGAGAUCCUUGGGUACGACAGAUUUAG